ACUUAAAUAAACUUUUGCUAGUCUAACGGAUCUCUGUUUCAAAAAAGAAAAGGAUUAGCAAGGAUUUUUUUCACUUUUUCUUCUCUCCUAAAUCGAAACCCUAGAACAAACUACUGACAAAUUACCAUCUCAAAUUUGGGGAAAACUUUCUACUCGCAUUAAUCAGAUUUCAAGAUGGAAGAUAUGGAAAAGCUUAUUAAAGAACUAGAUGAUGCUAAAGGUAAAAUAGAGAAGCUGGAAGCUGAAUGUCAAAUCAAAGAAGAUUUAUCUGAGAGAUUAAAGAGAGCUCAUGAUGAACAAGUGGUUAAGAUUAGAGAAGCAAAUCUGGAGAUUGAUAAACAAGCUCGAGAAUUAAGUGCAAAGACUGCUGACUUCUUAGAUACCAAGCAAAUGUAUGAAGAUAUUAAGAAUAGUAUGGAUGAAAAAGAAUCUGCAGUUAAACAUUUGCGUGCUAUUAAUGAGAAACUUCGAUCUGAUUAUGAAGAGAAGUUGGAGAAAUUGGAAGGCGACACCAGAAAAUUGUUAGUUGCUUUAGAUGAGUCAAAUAUGAAGAGUGAGGAACAAGAGCAGAAGGUUAACAGUUUUAAGGAGGAGAUUGCAGGUCUUAAGGAACUCUUAAAUGUGACAAAGAAAAAGUGUUCUGAAGCUGAACAAAGGGCAAAUGGGAGUAAAGAUCUGAGAAAGAGAGAAGACAUGUGCAUCCAACUUGAAGAGGAAAAUAGCAAGUUUAAGGAUCAGCUUAAAUGGAAGACGGAGCAGUUUGAGCAUCUCCAAGAAGCGCACAACAAAAUCCAAGACGAGUUUCGGUUGAGUAAGAAGGAAUGGGCUAAGGAAAAAUCGAACCUCAUCGAUGAGAUUUCUUCAUCACAAACAAGUUUGAAUUCACAAAUUAGAAUCUCUGAAAGUCUUCAAAGUCGGUUGGAGAUGUGCAAUCAAGCUCUUGCCCACGAGGAAAGCCAAAGGAAGUUACUCGAAGUUAAACUUUCUGAAUCAAAACAGUCUUACGAGAAUGUCUUUGCAGAUUACCAAGAAGCAAAUUCUAAGGUUGACAUUCUGACAGCUCAAAGGGAUGAAGAAAUUGCAUCACUGAGAAACUCGUUGGGGACGAAACAAACUUUAUCGAAAGAGAUGGAGUUCAGAAUAGGCCAACUCGAGGAAGAAAACCUGGAGCUGCGGGGAUCUCUUAAAGAAUUUCAGGAAGCUCAGAUCCAAGAUGCCGGAGCAGCUUCUUUGCUGUUGAAGAUACGUAACAAGCUUAAAGGUUUGGAGCAAGUUCACAAGGAAUGCUCCGUGAAUUUGAAAGCUAGAGAAUCUGAAUUGGUUUUGAAAGAGAAACAAGUCCAGGACCUGCAGAUGGAGCUCGAACACACUACUUCAAAAAUAUUACAUUUGAAGCUCAAUAAUGAAGAAAUGUCUGUGUUACUUAACAAACUUGGUGGUUUGGAGCAAGUUCACAAGGAAUUUUCCGUGCAUCUGAAAUCAAGAGAAUCUGAAUUGGAUUUGAAGGAGAAACAAAUCCAGGACCUGCAGAUGGAACUAGAACAGUGCAAUAUGACGAUAUUACAACUAAAGCUCGAUAAUGAAGAAAUGUUCGUGUUACUCAUGGUGUACAAAUCAGGAUUUUCAGAUGCUCAAUCAAAUCUGUCGAACUCGAAAGCUGCAACUGAACUUUGCGACUUAGAGAAAGAAGAGCGAAUUGCUCGGCUAAUGGAGCAGUUGGAUGAGAAGAACAGCUCCCUGGAAAAAGCCUAUGCUGAAAUGGAAGAAUGUCGUCAGACUCUGACAUCACUGGAGAAGAAGAUCGAGUCAUUGAAUGCAUCAAACAUGUCGAACUCGAAAGUUGAGAUGGAACUCCACAGCAAGGAGAAAGACGAAAAAAUUGCUGAUCUGAUAGGUCAGCUGGAGGAAAAGAAGAAUUCAUUGUUGAAAGCCUAUGAUGAGAUUGAAAAGUAUCGUGACAUUGCUUCAUCAUUAGAGAAGAAGAGUGAGUUGUUGGAAGCGUCUGAGCAGAAGUAUUCCGCUAUGCAGACCGAGCUUGAGAGGUAUAAAAGGAUGCUUGAGGAAUCAACUGAGAAGUGCUGUGAUAUAACUUCAUCAUUACAAAAGAAGAUUGAGCUGUUGGAAGUAUCUGAGCAGCAGUAUUCCGCUAUCCAGAAAGAGCUUGAGAGGUAUAAAGAGAUGCUGGAGGAAUUAAAUACCGAAUUGGCUGAAAGAACCAAUGAAGAAAGUGAAGCGGAGUUCGAAUUGGAAAGAUGGAAAUCUGUAGCUGAACGGCUGCAAGUUUGCUUAGAAGAAAAUCAAGAAAUUCGAAGAGAGAUGGAAACUUCACUUCUUGCACAAAUCGAAAUUGAGCAAAUCCUUAAGCAAGAGAAGGAAAACCUUGAAGCUGCAUUGGAAGUGAAACAUUCAGAAUAUGAGAAGCUGGAAACUGAUAAAAUCCUUUUGGGUGAUGAAAUACUGAAGCUGACAUCCGAGAAGAAAGAGUUUUUGGACCUUCUCGGAGAUUUUUCUGGCCGGGUUAGUGGAUUUUCUGAUAAAGACGCAGAGCUUAUGGCAAGACUAGAGAGUACCAUGCAGAGUAUCAGCAAGGCUAAUGAACUGGUGACAGAUUUGAUUGAGAAUGAUGACAAUGAGGAGGUUUAUGACCUGAACAUAGAGAAUGUAAAUACACUUCACACUAGAUCAGCAAAGAAAGUUGAAUUUGAUCUUGAAGGAAGAUCGCCAUUGAAGGAACGUAAUAUUAGCUGCUAAAAUCUUGCAAGCUAGUAAAUAAUGCUGUUGUUCUCUUGCUUUGUUUUAGUAGCCAUGUACCAAAUGGCUCGUUAUUCGUUUUUCUGAUAUUUUCUUUCUACGCUGUGACAUGGUUUCUUGCCUAUCUGCUUAAAUAUGUAAGAAAUCAUAGUAUUAUGAUUUGUUUUGAGCUUGUAUAUUACAGAUUGAUGCAUGUAUAUGCAGAAUAUCUGUUUUUAGCAGUUUGAAUCGCAUUAACAUUGAAAUUCAUUUCAA